AUGGAAUUUACAAAUGGAAACUAUCUGGUCACCGAAUUUAUCCUGUUAGGUUUUCCAACACAGCCUGAACUUCAAAUCAUCUUAUUCCUUUUGUUUCUGACAUUGUAUGGCAUGAUUUUAGUAGGAAAUAUUGGCUUGAUGUUGUUAAUUAGGACGGACCAGCACCUUCAAACCCCUAUGUACUUUUUCCUCAGCAACCUUUCCUUUGUAGACCUCUGUUAUUCCUCAGUUAUUGUUCCCAACAUGCUCGUCAAUUUCCUGUCAGCAAAGAAAUCUAUUUCCUACCUCGGUUGUGCCCUGCAAUUUUAUUUCUUCUGUACAUUUGCAGAUACUGAAUCCUUUAUCUUGGCAGCCAUGGCCUAUGAUCGCUAUGUAGCCAUCUGCAAUCCUUUGUUGUACACAGUUGCAAUGUCCAGGGGUCUCUGCAUAUGGCUGAUUGUGCUUUCAUAUGUUGGCGGCAACAUGAGUUCCCUGGUUCACACAUCCUUUGCCUUCAUUCUGAAAUAUUGUGACAAAAAUGUCAUUAAUCAUUUCUUCUGUGACCUGCCCCCUCUGCUGAAACUCUCCUGUAUGGACACGUCCAUUAAUGAGUGGCUACUUUCCACAUAUGGGAUCAUCUGUUUCUUCAUCAUCAUUGUUUCCUAUUCUUUCAUCCUUCGCUCAGUCUUGAGGAUACCCUCUACAAGUGGGGGAAAGAAAACCUUCUCCACUUGUGCCUCGCACCUGUCCUCCAUGGCAAUCUAUCAGGGAACACUUCUCUUCAUUUAUUCUCGGCCUAGCUCUCUCUAUUCCCCCAAUACUGAUAAAAUCAUCUCAGUGUUCUACAUCAUUAUCAUCCCAGUGUUGAACCCACUGAUUUAUAGUUUGAGAAAUAAAGAUGUAAGAGAUGCUGCCAAGAAAGCGCUAAGCUCUAAAGUACAAUCUCCAUGA